CCCGGCAGCCCCCGCGCGCGCCGGGCCUUCCGCCCCUGCGCGGGUCCGGGCUGCCGGCGGCGGCCGGGCCGCGCUGCGCCCCGCCAUGGCCUCCUGCGCCGACAUCCUCCGCAGCGAGUUCCCCGACCUGGACGGCGAGGUCUUCGCUUACGUGACGGGGAUCCUGCACGGCGACGGGGCCGACUUCGAGUCGGUGGACGAGCUGGUGGAGGCGGUGGGGGAGCUGCUGCGGGAGGUGUCGCAGGAUGCCAAGGACGAGGGCGCUAUCAGGGACAUCUGCCAGCGCCUCUUCAACACCCUGCAGCUGGACGAGGGCCGGGCCCAGCGCUGCAGCCAGGUGCUGCUGGACGCCCCCAUCCAGCUCUCCCAAAUCACUGACGGAUACGCAGACGCCGGCACGGACCUGCUGCCCGGGCUGCUGCUGAAGAGAGGCCAGACCUCGAUGGUGAAUGCCAAGAAACUGGAGAAGGCAGAAGCCAGGCUGAAAGCCAAGCAGGACAAGAGGAUGGAGCGGGAUUCCCUGAAGACAUCUGGCCCUCUGGUCCUUGAGGAGGCUUCUGCCAGCCAAGCUGCCAGCAAGAAGGAGACUCGCAUGGAGUCAUCAGGCAAGAACAAGUCGUAUGAUGUGCGCGUCGAGAACUUCGAUGUGUCCUUCGGUGAGCGUGUCCUACUGGCGGGAGCAGACCUGAACCUGGCAUUUGGACGACGCUAUGGGCUGGUGGGCAGGAACGGGCUGGGGAAGACUACGCUGCUGAAGAUGAUUGCCAGCCGGAGCCUGCGCAUCCCCUCGCACAUCAGCAUCCUCCAUGUGGAACAGGAGGUGGCAGGGGACGAGACGCCAGCGCUGCAGAGUGUGCUGGAGUGUGAUACCACUCGCGAGAGCCUGCUGCGGGAGGAGAGGGAUCUGACGGAUAAGAUUAAUGCCGGCAGGGGAGAAGGGACAGAAGGUGCCAGGCUGUCAGAGAUCUACGCGAAGCUGGAGGAGAUUGAGGCAGACAAGGCCCCAGCAAGGGCAUCCGUCAUUCUCGCUGGGCUGGGCUUUAAUGCAAAGAUGCAACAACAGACAACCAAAGAGUUUUCCGGAGGCUGGAGAAUGAGGCUGGCCUUAGCCAGAGCCCUGUUUGCCAGGCCAGAUCUCCUUCUGCUGGAUGAGCCAACGAACAUGCUGGACGUGAGGGCCAUUUUGUGGCUGGAGACCUACCUGCAGACCUGGCAGUCGACCAUCCUCGUGGUGUCCCACGACAGGAACUUCCUGAACGCGGUGGCCACAGACAUCAUCUACCUGCACUCUCAGCGGCUGGACACGUACCGCGGGGACUUUGAGAACUUCAUGAAGAUCAAGGAGGAACGGCUGAAGAACCAGCAGCGAGAGUACGAAGCCCAGCAGCAGUACCGCGAGCACAUCCAGGUUUUCAUUGACCGCUUUCGCUACAAUGCCAACCGGGCAUCCCAAGUGCAGAGCAAGCUCAAGCUGCUGGAGAAGCUGCCAGAGCUGAAACCUGUGGACAAGGAGUCUGAGGUGGUCAUGAAGUUCCCUGAUGGUUUUGAGAAGUUCUCCCCCCCGAUCCUGCAGCUAGACGAAGUAGACUUCUGUUAUGACCCAAGUCACUACAUCUUUCGUUCCCUCUCCGUCUCUGCUGACCUGGAGUCCCGCAUCUGUGUGGUUGGGGAAAACGGAGCUGGCAAGUCGACCAUGCUAAAGAUCUUAAUGGGGGAGCUGGCACCAGUCAGAGGGAUCAGACACGCUCACAGAAACCUAAAGAUCGGUUAUUUCAGCCAGCACCACGUGGAUCAGCUGGACUUGAACAUCAGUGCUGUCGAGUUGCUGGCAAGGAAGUUCCCAGGGAAGACGGAAGAGGAGUACCGGCAUCAUCUGGGGAGCUAUGGUGUCUCGGGGGAGCUGGCUGUGCGUCCCGUGGCCAGCCUGUCUGGAGGUCAGAAGAGCCGCGUGGCCUUCGCCCAGAUGACUAUGUCCUGUCCAAACUUCUACAUCCUGGAUGAGCCGACAAAUCACCUGGACAUGGAGACCAUCGAGGCGCUGGCAAAGGCACUGAACAAGUUCCGGGGUGGUCUGAUUUUGGUGUCCCACGAUGAGCGCUUCAUCCGCCUGGUGUGCCAGGAGCUGUGGGUGUGCGAGGACGGCACCGUCACCCGCAUCGAGGGCGGCUUCGACCAGUACAGGGACAUCCUGCGGGAGCAGUUCCGCAAGGAGGGGUUCCUAUGAGGGGGGAGCCGGACCGCGCCGGGGCCGGGAGCUCGCCCGCCUCGGCUCCAUCCAACGUGCCUGGCAGAGUGACGAGGACGCUGCCACCCGCAUGGACCCUCAGCGUGCCAUCGAACUGCCCCCCGAACGGCUCUCCCCCCCGGCCGGGCGCGGGGACCACGAGGCAGCGGGAGCCCGGCACCGGGCGGACUGGGAAGGCUGUGCCCAGCACUGGGCAGACUGGGAGGGCUGUGCCUGGGGCUGCUGCUCUGCGAGAGGAGGGGAGGGGGUGUCACGACCUGACCCCCCCCCGGGUCUAACUCCGUGCUCUGGAGGGCGGGAGAGGAGCUGUUCUCCAUGUUUCUUCGCUUCCCCCUCUGCCUUUUUCUUUCUUUUUGGUUCUUUUUGUGUUUAACUGGCCGAACACGUCGGGCUCCAUCACAUGCCACCGUCCCGAGGCCUUUGCUGCUAAACGCGUCCCCUGCCCCUUCCCCGGCCCCUGGGCGGGGGGGGGGGGGCUCCGUGGCCCGUGGUCCCCCCGGGGCCGGUGUCUGUCGUGCCCGGCUGCGCCUGGGACGCCCGCUGCCCCCCGCCCCGCUGCCCGCCUUCCCCUCCUGGGGGGCUGCUGGUUCCCCCCCCAGCCUGCCGCGGGGCGAAUAAACCCCGGACGCAGCAA